AGGGCGACAACGGUCUCGAUACGCUUCCCUUUCCACUCGAACAAGAAGCGCUUCCUCUGCUCUGUCUUGUCACAGAUCGAACGAGCUGGUUCUGCGUGACAGUCACUAUGGCAGGUCGUCGGGUAGCCCUGAAGGCCAUUGACUGGGUGGCUUUUGCCGAGCGAGUUCCGGCCAACCAGAAGGCAAUGUUCAACGCACUGAAGACCCGCAGUGACGCCAUCUCUGCCAAACUCUCUUCCCUGCCAGAGGCUCCUGCAGCCAUUGACUGGAAUUUCUACAAGACUACAGUGGCUAACCGUGCAAUGGUUGAUGACUUUGAAAAGAAGUUCAAGGCCCUGCAGGUGCCCCAGCCCACUGACACUCAGACAAGUACUAUUAAUGCAGAAGAGGCUGAGGCUAACAAAGGUGCAGCUGCCUACAUCGAAGCAUCUAAUGCCCGUAUUGCACAUUAUGAAAAAGAGUUGGAUAAAUUAAAGAACAUGAUCCCUUUCGAACAAAUGACUGUCGAAGAGUUCAACGACUACUUCCCAGAGACCAAGUUGGAUAUGGUCAAAUAUCCUUAUUGGCCCCACAAACCAAUUACAGAACUGUAAUCACAAUAUUAGAAUUUCACCUCACAAUAAAGAUUAUUUUAAAGUGGAA